AUGCUUGCGGAAAAAUUGGCCACAUUGCCUCGCAACAAAGGUCCUGCCCCGCGACUGCCUCCGACAGAAUCUUCUGGUGGCGGUGGUAGUCCUUCGGAAUUUGAAGUUCAUUAUGAUUACUCCCCACGUGCUCGUCAUAGAACUAGGUUCGCCAAAUUUGGCAAUGCUUCAGCGUCUACAAUCAGCAACACAAAAUCUCCGGACGAGCGACCAUUCGGUCCUAAUAUGCCAUCGCAUAGUUUGAGUGCAACAAACUCUCCAGCGUCCGUCAGUCAAAAUCCUCUACAUCGGACCACUCCUUCCGUUGUCGAAUCCGAAUUGUCAAAUUCAGAGACCCCACCCGAAUUAUCGCGUUUAGCCGAACUGAUGCACAUGAGUCUGUGUGGUGGAGUUGAUCGAGAUUUCAGUUUCAACUCAUCCGGUUCGAAACACGCAUCGCCUGCUCACUCGAACCGAUCCGUGACGAUUUCGCUAUCUCCCAGUCGGCUGAAUAGUAAGCUUUNGCCGAUCAAACGACCAUAUUGA